AUGGGCUUCCUAUUCCCCUUUCUUCCAAGUGUAGCUGGUGAGGCCUUUGUGGUGGACAGAUUGUGCCUACAGAGCGGUUUCCCUGCUGUCUUCUUGAAAGACCGUGGCCCAGCGCACACCGAGAGGCCACUGGCGGCCUUGCAUCACUACCUGCCCAGCAGUGAAGAGUGGACCAAAGACGUCAGGCUCUCAGCACAAGUCACAGGAAGUUGGUCCUUCUCCCGGAAGCCACUGGCCAUGCCUGUGCAUCUGCAAUGGGUGGUCGUGCAGAACUGCUCCAGCUUCUUGAUCAGGACAAACAAGCAGAUGUGCAGCCCCGAACCCAAUAAUCUGAAGGCCCGCAGCUCUUUCGGCUACGAUGAGCUCAUUGGCUACAAGAAGGUGGGAAUGGAGCCGGCGACAGACAGCAAAGCGGCCAUGGCGGUGUAG